GGUUCUCAGGAGGAAAAGAAGCAACGUCUCGGGAAUCCUUCGCAAUAUAGGGGAAACGCACCUUCAUCGAUUACGUCCUCUGCAGUAGGUUGCGAUGCUGUCUAUUGACUUGUUGUCAGUCCGCUCAUCACUCGCAUGACGGCAGGUAUCGUCGCCUGCGCUCGCAACGCCAACAGAUGGGGCGCAUUUCAACUUCAUGCUACGUCGUGACUCGUCUGAGUCACACCGUGGAUCCAAAGGCAAUGCACCUGGGUCAGCUUCUUCUGAUGGUUACUUCACACACACACCAAUGGCGCGUCUCGAUUCAUCAGAGUCCAACCGUGCACCCCCCAGGAGCAGCACGCCAAACCAUCCUCCAAUCUCGCCAUCGGCAUAUGCUGCGUCCGGUGUCCGACAAUCGCGUAGCAAGGGAGUCUCGUCAAAACUUCAGAAUGAUCACGAAUAUCAUCAAAGCGCGCAUGACGAUGAGAGCGACUUCGAUUCUGAAGCAUUCGGCUGCAAGCACACGAGCAACUUUGAUCGUCAGGCCUGGCAGUAUGAUAACGGUGUCGAUGGGCCGGCGCCUGACAUGCGGCGCAGACAGGAGAAGCUCGACAACUACUUUCGCUCUUUAUCCCAGACGAUCGAGAUGGACGGUGGAAGGCAUCCUUCCAGCGAGCACCAUCACGACAACGAGCGGCGAAAACAGAUCUUUCGACGUCGGGCUGGUAGCCAAACAUUAUCAGGCCUCAACGAAGAGGAGGGCGAGCAGGAGGAACAGCGACAUUCUGCAGCUGCCAAAGCACACUUUCUCGACUUCAGUUCUUUUAUCAACCCUCUUCCACCCGCUAACGGCAAGGCAAAGUCGACGCCAUCGUCAUCGUUGCGUUUUUCGGAAAGGACACCGAAGGCUUCGGAUGUCAUUCAAUUCCAUGCACCCUUUGCCCAACAACAGCACCGGUCUCAUCAGGCUGUCAAGAAGAACGCGCCAUCGACAAAGCAGCAAAGACCAGUGCUCAAGACCAGGAGAAGCGAAGGGGCUUUGCGCGAUCGUAAGAAGGAAAGGGAAGACGCGACCAAUGCCAGCGUCUUUUCACAGACGGGCGUCGCUACAGCGGAGAAUGUUGGCACAGAUGGUUUGGCGGUAUCAGACGGCCUCGUCAGCUCAAUCCUAGAACGACAGCAGCGACAGCAGCCGUAUCUCAGCCAGAGUGACCGAAUGCCUCUACCAAAUUUGCCAAAGUGGGCGCAAGACAACAAUCGAACGCUGCCGUAUAACAAUGUCGCUUCGUCUCCAAGCGACAAUUCUUCGGACAGUGGACGCUCAAUGAUUUCUAGUUACCAAAGUCGUCCCAUCGCCAUGGGACGAACUGCCAGCGAAGACCACUACAGACCUCCUGCCGUCUCUUCUCGGUCUGUCACCAACGGGCGCGCUGCCAGCGGUCCAGCAGCCACCAUUCGAGCACUGCAGCAGCAGUCUCCCUCGUACCAAUCGCUGCGAAGUGCCUCAUCGACCGGUCUGCAACAGCCAUUCACUGGCCGCUCGCAGCUGCCUCAUGAAUCUCGUGGCUCGAUCAGCUCAGCAUCGGCGACGUCCGAAGAGUCGUCUGACAUGUCCUCUGUUCCGCAGACACCCACCUCCAGGAAUGGAUCGUCCGAGCUCUCGCCGCUGCACUACGUCUCAUCGUCUUCGUCGUCACCAACAGGCUACCAUCGCCAGAGCCAGUAUCAAUACGGUGCGAUGGAAUGGAAUCCCGACAACGACGAAACCAUCUCGCAAGGCACUCCUCGCGCCGAUCAGCACUCUAAGGUAAUAAGAAAGAUUCCUCAGACGCCCGUUCGCCCCGGAGGGGAAAUCUUGUCCCGUCAACAUCGUCCGCAAGACCAGAGGCAGGACCUCGAGGAGAUGCAGAACGAUGGGACCAUCAAAGCUUCGAACCGCUUCUUCACCAGCAUCAAGCAGAAGCAAUCGAUGGCCUCAAAGCAUUCCAAGGCUGCUCACGCGGCUACGCCGUCCUUUUCUUCCUCAACCUCUACUUCCUCUUCGUCGUCGAGCUCGGUCCCAAGCGCCAAGGAUGUUGUCAGUCCAAGUCCCAGUGGCGCGACGCUCAUCCAUCCAUCUCUGUAUUCGUUGCCGUCGCGCUCCUCCUCAACCACGUCGUCGUCCAGCGGCGGGAUGCGAACAGGCACUCGACAGCAUGAGAAACACGGGUCGGAUGGUGGCCGCGCUGUUAUCUUUGAUGGAUCCACUGACGAUGAGAGAGACGACAGACAACACGAGGAUGAGGAAGAAGAAGACAAUUUCCUGCGAACCUCCUCGGCAUUGGCUUACCGACGUGGUGAGCCCCUGAGCCCACCAUCAUCUCAUCAGACACGCGCGAAGAGAGUCGUCCAGUAUCAGCCUUCGCAUGCGCCCAUGGCGGCCUUCAUGGCACCACCUUCGUCUUCAUCUUCAUCAGGCACGUCCACGACCGGCAGCAGCAGCAGCAAUGGUCGCCUCAUUGGGCACCAGCGAUCGCGCAAUGUCCAAGCUUCCUAGACUGUCCUUCCCUGACAAGCUGCCGAUACCUUACCACACUCGAGAUGACCAUCACACAAACUUCUCUUUCCCUCUGCUGUAUCUCUACUUUCCCAUUUCCAUUCUUGCUGUAUCUUUAUCACUUCCAUUCAUGUUCCAUAGACAAUCUCCGGUUCUCACGCGGACUCAAUUCAUCAUUCAAUUUGACACUUCCGAUUCUUCCAUCCACUGAAAACCCAUGACCUUAUGACGACUAUUAUGCUGAGAGCGAGGACGUCACAAUGUGAAGGACGUUAGAUGAGGAAUAUCUCUGGCACGCUGGCUGAUGGCAGUAAUGAGAAAGACAAGGAGAUAAGAUGAAUAAAUUGUUGAAAGAGGUGACAACAAGACAUCAAGCGACAGCUUCCACUAUUGCUGCUCAUAGAUCCUCUUGCUUCUGUCCCUCGCUCUGCUCUUGAUCGUCUGUUGUCGUCGCCGAAGAACCACUUGCAGCGGCGGC